CAAGUAUGCCUACCGGGCAAAAGCAUUCUGUUGGUUUGAUCCUCCAAAAACUUGGCGAUAUUAUCGACUACAUUAGGAAAAGUGAAUAAUAGUAUGGCUAAACCUAUCAUGACCAUCUGAUAUCAAGUAAUGGGUAUAUAUCUGCCAAUCCAACCAUCAUUUUAAUGUCUACAUCGGCUCGCUCAUAGAAGAUGCUUCUCACAAGUCUCCUGCUUCUCACUGGAGCGCGGUCUGUCCUUGCUAAGUGCAAAUGUACCCCAAUCGACGAUUGCUGGCCUUCAUCUUCCAAAUGGAAUGCUCUCAACACCUCCGUUGAUGGUCAGCUUAUUUAUAACCAGCCCAUCGCCAAACCCUGUUAUCCCGGCCUGGGCUACAAUGCCCAGCUCUGCCAGGACAUAAGCAAAGAAUGGACAGAGUCUCCAUUUCAAGAGCUUUCUCCCAUUGGAUAUACCUACCCGCUUGUUAAUACCUGUCCCCCGGUCAAUGCCUCAGUAGCUGCGUACCCAUUGUGCGACUUGGGUAACGCGCCAGUUUACACCAUCAACGCGACAAAAGCGAAUGAUGUGGCGACUGGGGUAAGAUUUGCCAAGGAGAAUAAUGUUCGGCUUGUAAUAAAGAACACCGGUCAUGACAUUGUGGGCAGAUCGCAAGGAUACGGCAGUUUGAUGAUCUGGAUCAAGUAUAUACGGGAUGGACUUGAUUAUCAAGAACGGUACACUCCACCUGAUGGAUUUUGUCAGACUAAUUGGACUGGGAGUGCAAUAACCGUUGGUGGUGGGUAUAAGUGGGAGGAAGUAUAUGACUUUUCAGCCAAGAAUGGGCGUAUCGUCGUUGGUGGUGAUGAUAAAACUGUCGGAUCCAUUGGAGGUUACUUGCAGGGUGGCGGCCACGGCGCAGCAAGUCACACCUUCGGCCUGGCAACAGAUCAGGUUCUUGAGUACAAGGUUGUGCUCGCAUCAGGUGAGGUCGUUACAGCCAGCGCAUGCCAGCAUACAGAUCUCUUCACUGCUCUCCGUGGAGGCGGUGGUGGAACCUUUGGCGUUGUGGUAUCGGCUACGAUCAAAGCACAUCAUACACAUCCGGUCCUCUCACACACUCUCCAAGUUGUUCCACGAAAUGGCAGCUUAACUCAGUUGUUAAAUGUUACAGCAGAAAUUAUGUCGAGAUAUCCCAUUCUUUCGGAUGAAGGGUUUGCAGGGUAUGCAAUUCUAUUGCGUGCCAACGGAAAAGUACUAUACGAGCAUACUUUCAUGAAGAUGAUCGAGAGCAAUUCCUCUACCACCAUCGGACGCGCAAAACAAAUCAUUAACCGGCAAGUUGUCAAUAAUUUGCUUCGACUAAACAUGACCAUGUUCUACGUCAAAUCAAGAUUUCAGCACUUCCCCUCGUUUCAAGAAUACUUUCUAGGCAGCGGAGAUCACCAAGCACAAGCCGCAAGCACACCUAUUAUGGCAUCGCGCUUCUUCGAUAAGAAAUCACUUCUCUUCCAACAGAAGAACCUGUCGGACAUGCUCCGGACCCUCUUCUCUCAGGAAGGCCCCGGAGUACAUGCCACAUCAUCUGUUCUUGAGCUGUGUCUCGUUGGCGGUGGCCAGGUCCUAGAACACGUGCCUCAUACCUCCGUCCACCCAGCGUGGCGGAGAACCUAUCUUCUCGCGGAGCAAGUCGACUUCUGGCCUGAGAAUGCCGGUUCCCAGGGAAUCCAACAGGUCAAAAACGAGGCCACUUUCAAGAAAUUGAAUGCGAUGAAGGCGUUGACUCCUGGCAUGGGAACCUACCUAAAUGAGGCUGAUGGAUAUGAUCCGGAGUGGAAGGAGGACUGGUUCGGUAGCAGGUAUGGCUGGCUUAAGUCAGUGAAGCAGAAGUAUGACCCAGAAGAAGUGUUCUGGUGCUGGCGGUGCGUUGGAAGUGAGAGCUGGGAAGAGGUGAAGGGUGGAACAAUAUACGGGCCGUUGUGCAAGAAGAACUAGUCCCGUUAGACUUAGUUGAUUUGACAUUCAUUCUAUGCCUUGUCUUAUCCUGAUUUCUGUCGUUCGCGUAUUUUCAUUGUAAUUAAUGAUAAUGAUUUUAUUUCACG